UAUACCCACUUGCUCUGAAGAUAAAGCAACACACUAACGCAUAAAUUAGGUUACACAGAUAAAGUGCUUGAAGAUAAGAAAGUCCAUGUUUGGCAGUGUUAUACACCGAUGUGCUCGCAUGUAUCAAAUGUUAAUUUAAAGAUAAUUUUCAAGGAUGUCGCUUUCGAAAUAUUUAACAGAGUAUUUAUCCGAUAGUGAAAGCGGGGAACUAACGUCUGCAGAUGAUGAAGUAGACAUCAUUCGAAAGCCUUCAAGUCUGCGCCCGUCAACCAUUUUAACAUUAACGUUUUCCACUCACCUGUCUAUUUCCUUAUCAAAAGUGACGUCAUAUUAUCCCAUUAUAUUUGACACGGUGGUUACAAAUCAUGAUAAUACUUACAACGUAACAACGGGGCGAUUUACUGCGCCCUUUAAAGGAGUAUAUGUCUUUUUUGUUACAAUAACAAGCACCGAAAGACUUAAGGCUACGUUAAAGUUUAAACACAAGUUUCAUUCAGUUGACAAGGCAAAAGUGAAGAGUAGGGAACAAUGUAUCGAAGGAUUUAACACAAGAACAAUGGCAGUUAUGCUUCACCUUGAUAAAGAAGAUGAGGUAUGGGUAAUUAAUGACACCAAGGUGUCAGAAGUAACCAAAAUGCACGAACCAUACUAUGCAACAUUUUCUGGAGGAUUAGUUGAAAGACAGAACAAUAUUUAACAGCAAUAACGUGAAAAUGAAAUUGAUCUGACACAAAGUACUAGAUUCUAGAAGUCACACAGUUAUAUUCCCAUCAUAUUUUGCGUAAAAAGUCGAUAAUUUGUCGUUAUUAUAUAUUCAAUGAAUAAGUGAAAUCUGACUGUGAAGAAUCACCUGUGGAGAGUACCAUACAAUAGCCAGGCAAACUGGACAAUAGAAACCCAUAUUAUGAUACUGAACUGUUCUGACUCUGUCACUGGUGAAAUAUCCACGAGUAACGAUUUGUACUGUUACUAAGAAUAACCGAAUAAACAUGUCAAUUUAAAUUGAUAUAUUUACACAUUUUUGUAUCAACCAGUGUUGCAUGCAUUUCCACUACCGUCCAUGAACAGGCUCAGUCAAACCGAGCCUGCAACAUUUUCGUUUUUGUCGUGUCGAGCGACCUGUGAAGUUUCCACUUUUUCUAUUUUAGACUCUAGCAGCUUGUACAAUGUCAUGAAACAGCCACCAAAACAAUUACAUAUUGACCUCGGCCAUCGGUCAUGUGUUUUAGUUAUGCUUGGGUUUAUGUCACACCAACAUACUAUAUAUAGCAGGUUUGCAGCUAAAUGUAGAAGCAAUAUCCAGGUACUCUCGGGACAGGUGCACAAAGGGAUAAAACCAACGACUUUCAAAUAUCAAAAUGUACAUUAGCUUUCUUUCAUUAUAUAAGUGUAUACAUCGUGUGUAGGAAUUUGAACUUUCAAAUUCAAAAGUAGGUGCCUGAACAAGUAACAGUGUGGUUUUAAAUGAUAAAGCCUUGAAGAAGGUAAAACCUUUAAAUAGAACCAGCACUCUUUUUCUAUGAAAUGCGAUUCUACAACAUAACAAAAAUAUACCCAACUUAACGUUUGAUAUUAUACAUGUAUCUCCAACUGCAAGUAAAGUACUUAAAACUGUAUGAAUUCAAAUACUUUUUGCAAAAUGAUUUGCCAGUGACACCUUUGUCUAUACAAAUUUAAAAUAGAAUAGAAAUAUUGGAAACUACACAGAUCGCCCAAAGGACAAAAAUAAAAAUGUUGCAGCCUCGGUUUGACUGAGCUUGUUCAUGGGAGGUAGUACCUACCGUCCAUGUCAUCUAGCCCUGGGUCAUACACUAAUGACUUAUACCUUAUCUGACAUCCAUCUUAAAUUGCCGGUGUCGCAGUACCAUUUUUAAAGUCGAGUUAUGAUUUAUACCAUAUCAGUUAUUACAUUCGUCUUAAAACAUACCUUUUGACAGAAUUAUGACACAGUUGUGUAACUAUGACAAUAAAAUUAACAUGGCUUGGCUAACUGAUUUGCAUAAGCCAUGUCCAAAGUAAAAUUCAUUAACUUAAAGAAGGAUGCGGAAACCUGUCCUAUAUCUACAGACGUUGCAUGUAAAAGAAAAUAUAUUUAUUAUGAUGGCCACAGUCAUAUACACGACCUUACAUGGUAUGAAUAGGAAGCAAGCUGAAAGACUCCAGAUACUGCCUUUUUACGGCCAGUCAAAAGGAUUUCUAUAUAGGUAAAUUGUGUUAAAACGUAAAUUGAGUUUGAUGAUCUCAAACACGUGCCGAUGAAUAAACAUGAAUCAUCUGCAUAUCGGGUUAUGUUUCUCAGCGAAAAGCAUAUAAAUGUGUAGUUUCAUUAACUUGCAUCUUGAAUGAUUAAAAGAAAAGCAGACAGUAGAAAA